CUCGGUACAUGUGUGAAAGUAGAUGGCAUCUUCUGAAGACGUUUUGUUUCCCACCCCCUCUUGAUGUGCUAGUAUAUAACGCACCAGACAUCUGACAGUCGGCACAGUCACCACUCGACCAGUCAACUCAAGCAUCAUGAAUUCAUACACCGUGGUUCUCGCCUUCGCCUUAGCAGCCGUAGCGGUGGCUGAACCCCCAUCCGGGUACAGUUACAGCAGGCCAAGCGGAGGCGGCGGAUUCUCCCUCGGCGGUGGCGGAGGUUACUCCUUGGGCGGUGGACUGUCCGGAGGUGGUGGAUACACAGCCGUGUCUUCUGGCUACCAGACCUCUGAAGGAGCCUCUGUAGACCCUGCCCUUUUGGAACAGGUUCGUCAGAUCCUCCUUAAGGAAGAACAGAACUCAGCUUCCGUUUCCUCUCACGGUGGCGGUGGCAUCAGCUCCAGCUACGGAGCUCCCUCCCCUCAAUACGGAGUACCAUCUUCAUCCUACGGAGUCCCAGGCUACAGCACCCGUGUCGUAGGCAUCGACCUUGAAGGAAUCAAACAAGCCAUCCAAGUAGCUCAAUACCACCAAGUAUCCCAAGGACCAUCUUUCGGCGGAUACCCAAGCGGCCCAAGCUCCCGCCCAUCCGGCUCUUACGGCGCCCCUUACUAAACAAGGGCCACCGACUAGCGAACAAAGAACUGAUUAAGUGUAACAACAUCACAUUCCAUCAUACACACGGGUCCAUGAUGCAUCCCAACAUCUCGAGUGAUCAACAACACCAUGCAUUAAAUUUAUUUUUAUUUUUGUAUAAAGCUUUUUGUAGGUUAUGUUAAAAAAAUACAUUUGUCACCGUA